GUAGCUGAUCUACGCGUGGAGCUUGGGUUUAUCAGCCAGUAAGCCAGCAGACAGAAGCAGGGCACACAGUGAGAAAAGAAAGAGCAAUAAGAGGGUGACUGUUGCUAGAGAUAAGCGCGGCUGAAUCAAUCAAGAUGAACCACAGCUCCAACGAGAAAGAACCUGAGACCAUAGAGCCACUGCGUUAUCUCAGUAAAACGGAGGUGGCGACUGUUGAGACGGAGCUCCUGAGGGACUAUCGCUUUGGACAGCAGCAGCUGAUUGAAAUAUGGGGCCACGCUUGUGCUAUUGCCAUCACAAAGGCUUUUCCUUUAAGCUCCCUGAGUAAAAAGCAGCCCACCCUGCUGGUUGUUUGUGGUCCUGAGCAGAAUGGCUCCAUCGGUCUGGUGUGUGCCCGCCAUCUGCGCAUGUUUGAAUACGAGCCCACCAUUUUCUAUCCCAAGCGUUCUCCUCAGAGUUUGCACCAGGACUUCACUGUUCAAUGUGAGAAAAUGGACAUCCCGUUCCUGUCCUAUCUUCCUACGGAGGUCCAGCUGUUAAAUGAUGCCUACAAUCUGGUGAUCGACGCCAUCCUGGGACCAGAAACCGACCUCAAGGAGGUUAAAGAGCCCUACGCUGGGAUGCUGGUGACUCUCAAACAGGUCAAAAUACCCAUCGUUAGUGUGGACGUGCCCUCAGGUUGGGAUGUUGACGAACCCGCCAAAGAUGGGAUAAAUCCAGAAGUUCUCAUUUCUCUGACAGCUCCCAAAAAGUGCGCAACGGGUUUCUCGGGAAAGCAUUUUCUGGCGGGACGAUUCCUGCCCUAUGACAUUCAGAAAAAAUAUGAACUUAAUCUGCCAGAAUUCCCCGGCACGGAAUGUGUUAUAGAACUGUAGCCAUUUAUACAGACC